UGUAUUCAAUUUGAUGGCGCUAUUGAAAAUAUGCAUUUGUAGGAUAAAAAGAAAGUCAUUAGCAAGAUUAUUGGAAGAUGUCAGAACCGAUUUUAUUAUUGACAAUUAUAAUACCAUUGACGAAAAAAUAGCGUUUUUAAGUUACAAUAAAUUUAGUCGUAAAUUCGUUAGAUUGACCUUGAUCGUAUGCUUGGCCGGUGCAUGCUCUUAUUACUUCAUGUCGUUGGUGAAUAACGUUGAAAUGGUAAUCAGAAAUUCAUCUUACGGAUACCGAUUGCCAUAUAGAGUAUGGUUGUUAAUCGAGCCAAAAGAUUUGAUAACAUAUAUCUGCCUUUGCUGUUAUCAAUUUAUUAUUAUUCCAAGUAUCGUAUUUGGUUACGUUGGUACUGAUUGUCUUUUCGUUAGUUUGGUACUUCACGUCAGUGGAUUAUUUUCUGCAUUAUCUUGCAAAGUCAAACAUGUAUUGGAUGAUCCAAAUGAUCGACAACGUCGUAUGAAAGAUCUAAUUGUUAAACACGUACGAUUGAUUAGAUUGUCGGAAUCAUUAGAGGAUGAAUUUAAUUUAGUAAUAUUGCAACAAUUGGUUGGUAACACUUUUCAACUUUGUUUAUUGGGAUACGAUGCUCUUGCUAGUACGGCCGAGGGGGAGGGUAGAAUGUUGGUCGCAUUUUUUCUAAUCGUCGCUUGCGUGUUUAGCACACUUCUGGCUUAUUGUUAUAUGGGAGAAUGUCUCAUAAAGGAGAGCUCCGUUUUAGGUGACGCAUUUUAUCACUGUGAGUGGUACAACAUUUCAAGAACGGAAAAGAAAUUGAUGCACAUUUGCAUGAUGCGUUCGACGAAAUUUAUGCGACUUACUUCUGGUAAAUUUUGCACCUUGUCACUGAACACAUUUACCGACGUUUUGAAAACAUCAAUGGCUUAUUUUUCAGUGCUACGGACAUUCGUUUGAAAAAGGAAUCAAAUCGGCUUCGAUUUAAUAUACUUAACGAAUUGCAUAUACCUAUACAUAUAUAUAUAUAUAUGAUAUAUACACGUACUAUAUGUGUAUAUAUGUAUGUGAAUAUGUGACUGCACUUUU